UAGUUCUGGGAACUGUGUCAGGAAAAAGAGGAAUAGAGCUUUGGACUUUGUUAAACAUGCAGAUAUAUUAUCAGAAAUAUCAAUUACAAUGUCAUAUCUUUAGAAUGUCAGGGAAAAAAGAUUACAUAGCAUAUAUGUAGAUAAUAGACCUAGAGAGGGUUCUUUAUGUACUGUAUAUGUAUUGGGAUCUUUAUGACCUGAGCCUAAAAGGGUGUCUGAUUUUCCUAUUUUUAAAGAAAAAAAAAUCUCAGCUUUUUGGGGGGUUUUUGAGCUAUGAUAGGUGUUCUUGUUCCCAUAUUUGGUAGUCUGAAACAAUUCAUGGCUGUGACAGCUAUGGUGUACUAUAUGCCUUUUUUCUUGGGCUUUGGGUAUUUUUCUCUGCUACUUGGAGUUACUUCACCUAAAGGGGUUGUUGUUGUUGUUGUUAUUCAGUUCUUCCACUGGCAUUUUCAUGGUGAUAAUACAGAUACACUUCUCUUUCUCUGCUUCUUGUGCAGCUUAGAGAUUCUUGAGAAAACAAGAAUUGGAGUGAUUGAACUUGAGGGUGACUUUGGAAAUAUGUUAGUAUAAGAAAUUGAAAAUGGCAUCAUCUUCUGCUGAAAACAGUCCAGUGCCACUAAGAGUAGCACCCCCAAAUUAUCAUCCAUAUCCACCUGCUUUGGCUACAUAUGAGAAUGUUGUGGCCUCUCCUCAACUGUUCAUGGAUACUUUGCAGAAGCUCCAUGCUGCCAUGAGAACCAAGUUCAUGAUCCCUGUCAUAGGGGGCAAAGCCCUGGAUCUGCAUCGCCUCUUUGUGGAGGUAACUACUCGUGGUGGUAUCACAAAGGUUCUAGGGGAGAAAAGAUGGAAGGAAGUAACAUUAGUUUUUAGCUUUCCUUCUUCAGCUACAAAUGCUUCAUUUAUCCUUCGGAAAUAUUAUAUUUCAUUGCUCUUCCACUACGAAAGAGUUUACUAUUUCAAGGCAAAGUAUUGGACUCCUUCUCCUGAUGUGUUGCAGCAAGUGUCACAUGCUGCAGCUCCAUCUCAUGAGUUGGCCGGAUAUGCGCUUCCAUCGCCAGAAAUAGAAACCACCAUGCGCCAGCCACAGAGGAUAGAAACGACAUUUCCUGAAGCAACUACAGCACCAUCGACAGGUUCACCUGUGUCUGGUUUCAUUGAUGGGAAGUUUGAGAGUGGAUAUCUUAUAACAAUGAAGAUUGGAUCUGAGGAUUUUAAAGGUGUUCUAUAUCAGGUUCCAAUGAACCAAGAUUUGCAAAAUCAGAAUCUUCCUGUUUAUAAUACUGGGAAAGCAGCAUCAACAACUGGUGGGGUCGUUCGAAGGAAGCGUAGGAAGAAAUGUGAAAUUAAAAAGCGCGAUCCUGCCCAUCCCAAGCCUAACAGAAGUGGUUAUAACUUUUUCUUUGCAGAACAACAUGCCAGGCUGAAACCACUUUAUCCUGGAAAGGAUAGAGAGAUUAGUAGGAUGAUAGGUGAAUUGUGGAACAACCUACAAGUACCCGAGAAGAUGGUUUAUCAGGAAAAAGCCUUGCAAGACAAAGAACGCUACAGAUUGGAGAUGCAAGACUAUCGUGAGAGAUUAACAGCCGGGCAAAUUAUUAUUAGUAAUCAGCUGCCAAUACAAUCUCCUCUUGAACACAAUGUCGAUAUGAUUGAUCAGGAAAGUGAACUUCAAAGUGAAAAUGGAAACGUCUCUUGGAGUCCGGAGUACGGAGCAAGUUCUGAUAAAUGUGCACAGACCAACUCCGAGAACAACAAAGCCAAUGACCCGAAUUUAGAUGCUAAGGCCCCUCCGGUAUUAGAAAUGAAGGCAAACAACGUGAUCGUGGAGGAAUUUGAGUUGCUUAAGAGAGUAGACAUGGUUGAAUGUGAGGAUAAAGAAAUGCAGGAAGAGGAUGAAGCUGAUAAACAAGAAGAAGAAUUACAACAUAGCAAGGAGAAAGUUUUCUUCUUCCUAGAAGAUAAAACUUUAUUACCAACCGAGGAGAAAAUAUAAACAUGGCAAUAUGGCAUAGCUAAAUAUAAACAUGGCAAUAUGGCAAUCUUAAUUAUAGUUCUGUUG